AUGCCUGCAGGUGAGAGUACCUGGAUAAAAACCGAGGAUGAAUUAGAUAGGCCAAAUAGGACAAAAUCUAAGAAGAAAAACACCAAAAGUAAAGAGAGCUUUGAGCUUGAGACUCUCAAAAACCUCCGUCUCAAGAAGGACGAGGAGACCGAUGAUGACACCACACAUCAUACGGAACUCAGCGGCAGUGAGUGGGAACGGGCUGCAAAAAUCAACAAUGGAGCAAACCAGGAGGAGACACUGCCAUCAAAGUCUCAAAGAAAGCUUCCCAGUCAGCCUUUGCAAGACUCUGAUGCAAGACGCAGGAGCAAGAAGGGAAAACAGAAAGAUGACCCCAAUGGAGACCACAACAAGGACGGUGAUGAGCUGCUGCGGGAGUACCAGCAGCAGAUGGCGCCAGAUGAAGAGACACAAGUGAGUGAGGAUUUAGGAAAGAUGAAAAAGAUGAAGCUGAAAUCUGCCACAACGGAAUCAGAUAUUGGGGAUCAUGACCAGAAUAAUGCUGCGGAAAGUGACAUUCAGGACAGGAAGAAGAAAAAGAAGAAAAAGUCAACGGUGGAAGGGAGCAACAACACUGCGCCAAAGAAGCCAGUUGCUUCCGAUGAAAAUGAAGGUCUGGUGCUUGGGGUAUAUGUACACCGAACAGACGGCCUCAAGACAGACGUGCGCAUCUCGCAUCCCAUGGUGAAGAUCCACGUGGUUGAUGAUCUCACAGGCCAGUACGUUAAGAAAAUAGACAGCCAUCGUCCCGUGUCGUCUUUUUACGAGCAAGACAGCGUGGACCACAUCCUGCCCAUCAUGACGCAGCCAUUUGAUUUCAAGAAGAACAAAUCAAUCAUCCCUGAGUGGAAGGAGCAGAUCAUCUUCAAUGAGCCCUUUGUGCACUUUGUUGGGCAGGACCCCAACAGCCCUAGAGUUAUUAUUUUUUUUGAGAUCCUGGACUUUCUAACCAUGGAGGAGGCCAAAGCCAACGUUGAUGUUGCAAUACAUGAGCGAGGAUUCAGAAAAAUUGCAUGGGCCUUUCUAAAGCUAGUUGGUGCUAAUGGCGUGCUGAACACCGGUGGGAAAAUCCGCCUGCAGCUCUAUGUACCCCCUACAUGGGCUAAGAGAAAGCCCUGCACCAUCGAAGUGGUAGAGUGGUGGCGACAUUACCCCCGGGUCAAAUAUGCAUCCACCCUCUAUGUCACAGUGAAAGGCAUUAAGUUGCCACAGCAUGUGGAUCCGAGUAUUCGUUCCAUGAUGGCACUGCAGGAAGAGCGAGGCAGCAUGUCAUAUUGCGAGCUGCAGGAUGACGUUAACAUGACGUCCACGCCUCACUCCAAAGAGAAGGGUGCUUCGGAGUGGAAGUGGAGCAGGAUUCCUGGACAGGUGUGUCGGAUUCCCAAUAAGCCAAUGCUAGUGUUCCGUGGAGGCCAGAUGGGCUGCUUGACGUUACUCUUCUCUCAUGCUGGGACGCUUCUCGCCGCAGCUUGUGCCGACAGAGAUAUGUUUCCUGUUGUAGUGUUUGAGAUUCCCUCUGGGAAAGCUUUAGCAGUUUUCAGCGGCCAUCUUAAAGUUGUCUACGAACUGUGCUGGUCUGCAGAUGACAGACAUCUUUUAUCCGUCUCUUCCGAUGGAACAGUCAGGGAGUGGGAUGUAGGACACUUCCUACCAACUGCGCGGAAGGUUCUGCCACACCCAUCAUUCGUAUAUUCUGCACGGUACCACCCAGCGGCGGAGCACCUGGUGAUCAGCGGCGGCUACGACUGCGUAGUCCGAGCGUGGAGACUUGACGUUGACGACUUCAACGGCCUGCUCCUACGUGAAUUUGAAGCUCAUGGCGGAUUUGUCAAUACUAUUUGCUUCGACACAACAGGACACAGGAUGUUCUCGGCGGACAACACUGGAUGUAUCAUGAUGUGGAACACCUCAAUAUGCGAUGACGAACAACAGCCUUGGCGUCACUGGUGUGUGGAGAAGGUGCACACCGAGGCAGACCUCACGGGAGUGCCCAUCAACAUGCUGCAGGUCCAUCCAAACGGGCGGUGCCUCCUCAUUCAUGCCAAAGACAAUGUCCUCAGGAGUUUGGAUCUGAGAAUUAUGACAAUGAUUAAGUUCACCGGGGCCACUAAUCAAAGAGAGAGGAUCUACAGCACCUUCACGCCAUGCGGCAACUUCAUCUUCUCCGGCAGCGAGGAUGGAAUGGCGUACGUUUGGAACACUGAAACCGGUGAUCAGGUGGCGGUGUACUCGGAGCUUAGCUACAGUUCAGCCUUGUGCGGCGUGGCCUUCCACCCUCAUGAGAACAUGGUGGCCUUCUGCGCCUUUGGGGAAAGUCAACCUGUGCAUGUUUACCUGCAUGACAACAAAGUGUCCCAGCUGGAAGUGCGCAAAAUAAAGGAGCUCAGGUCUGAGUCAAACACACCUGACACGCUUAACAACACACCAGCAUUAAUGUCCUCGGAUCAGUUGAGCCAAGCAACCAGACAGGCGUUAAAAAUGCAGCGAGUCAAAGAGCAAAUGGAUUCUGUCCUUGAACCACAUCACAGGUCUUCAUCUUUUGAACCAGGAAGGAGCCUGUUUUCUGACAUCAGCACGAUAAAAUCCAACGCUUCCCUUCCUCCUCUAUUGGGCGGCUUCAGUCCAGUCGGGCUGCAUCGACAGGGGAUGUCGUCUCACAAGCAUCAGACGCCUCUUCCUAGCUACGACUCUACUCAACCUGUGGUGGUAUCACUGCACGACUACAAAGCCAACCGCUCGGACGAGCUGACGCUGCGGCGUGGCGACAUCAUCCGUGUGCUGUACAAGGACAAUGAUAAAUGGUGGUAUGGGAGCUUGCCGGAUGGACAGCAGGGCUAUUUUCUCGUUGCCUACGUAGAAGUUAAGGGAGACGCGGUCGAGGAGGUUGCAGUGGCAGAUGCAGCUGUGGAGAGGGCAACGCCGACCAUGAUUUCCACUGCAAUUACUCCUUCUGGGGAACUCCGGUUUCUCUCCGAGCCCGCUCUAACUGACACAGAGCCAGAAUUGAUGGAGGCCAAACCCAAAAAGAAAAAGAAAGUGAAAAAGAAUGUGGGAAAACCACCACCAUCGCCACAGCUAACAUCACCUCAGGCCACAGUUUCCGACACAGAUGUCGGAAGCGAGUCGGCCGACAAUAGAGUCCGACCCAAUCGCCGCCCCCUCCCGAAGAGACCGACUAGGAGGCCCAGUGAUGCUGUGCAACUCGACCAAUGA